UUGCUCUCCCUCCCUCCCGCGCCGUCCGGGUCCUCUCGCGCUCAGCCCGCUCCGAGGCCUCGUCCUCGCGCCGGGGGUCCGACCCCGGGACGUCAUAACUACCCCACCCCCAGAGGAGAGCCGUGGCUGGACGUGCUGCAUCGGAAGGAUGGCAUGGAAGGCGCCGCCCCUUGCCUCCGACACGCGGCUGGCCCCGCCAUCCCCGGAAUAGAGCCCGCGAAGGAGAUCCGGAGGCCUGAGCGGGCCACCCAGGGACCCCGCGAUGGUGGCCACCCGCCCAGCCGGUGCCACCCGCUGUGCACUCCGGGCCUCAGGGGCCCAUCCCCUCCAGCGGCCGAGGGCCAAGGGCCCGUGGCGGCGAUGAACGAGACCCUCUGGGGGUCGAGGCAGACGUAGCGUGGUUCUGGGGCGAUGACCACUUAUCGGGCGAGCGAGGGCGUGGACACGGGCGGCGGAAAAGGGAAUGACCCGACUCCGGGCCCACGCCCAGGCGAUUACUACCCGCCGGGAUUUUGGGUUCCCAAUGGUGGCUCCCCUCAGCCCGGCGGGGAGGGGACGGGCGCCCCCCGACCCAACGCCGCGACGCCCGCUGUGCCCAAGAUGGGGGUGCGUGCCCGGGUGGCCGACUGGCCACCGAAGCGGGAGGCGCUUAAGGACCUGGCAGGGCCCAGCCCGGGGCACGAGACGGCAGCGGCCAAGACCGGGCGGACGGGCCGGCUGCCCCGGACCCCGGUGGAUGGGCAGCCCCUGGUGGGCCCCCGCGGGCCCGUGGGGUCCAGGGCCUUCCACCACCGGCUGUCUCGGAGGAGAUCGAAGGACGUGGAGUUCCAAGACGGGUGGCCCCGGUCCCCGGGCCGCAGCCUGGCCCCGCUGCGGAACCGGAGCAACAGCGAGAUGACGCUGAGCGAGUGCGACGUGGAGGAGGCGUGGGAGGCGCGGGGGGCUCGCGCGGUCGGCGGGCCCCUUCUCUUCCGGGAGUACGGCAGCACCUCGUCCAUCGACGUCCAGGGCCUUUCAGAACAGAACUUCUACGACAUCCUGGACGGGUUCCGCAGCCAGCGGCCCGGCCAGCGGCGCGAGGCGGCGGCCAAGCCGACUGAGCGGUUCCGGCCCGACCCCGGCCCGCACCCGGCCGGCGGCACCAAGGUGGACGGCCGCCUCGGGACGCCCCACCGGGAUGACUUCCCACCGCCGCCGCUGACCCGGGAGAAGGAGAAGGCCCGGAAGAAGGCGGGCCGGGUGGAGGCCGGGAUGGGCGGCGGCGGAGGGGGUGGGGGUCCCGGCGACUCAUCCAUCUUCCGGAAACUUCGCAGCACCAGGGGCGACGGGGACGCGGGCGGGCGUCCGGGAGCGGAGGCUGAGGACGGCGGAGGCGGGGGCCCGGAGGGCGGCCGCCCGUGGGUCUGCCAGAGGAGCUUCGCUCACUUCGACGUGCAGAGCCUGCUGUUCGACCUGAACGAGGUGGCGGCCAAGCGGCUGUCGGUGGCCCAGCGGCGGAACACCACCACGGGUGCCUCGGCCGCCUCGGCCCUCCCGGGUCCCUCGGCCCGGGCCGGGGGCCCGUCCGGCGGCCCGGACCCGGCCUUCGCCAGCACCGAGGACCUGAACUGUAAGGAGAACCUGGAGCAGGACCAGGGCGACAACAACAGCAAUGACCUGCUGCUCAGCUGCCCGCACUUCCGCAACGAGCUGGGCGGCAUGCGCGAACGCAGCGUCAGCUUCUCCAGGGCCUCGGCGGGCUCCCCGGGCGGCUCCGGUGAGGGGGCCCCCCCGGAGUCCUCUUUCGGCGGGUUCUGUACCAACGCCAGCAUCUCGGUGCUGGAGGUGCCCAAAGAGAUGCAGCGGAGUCCCAGCCGGCUGAAGCACUACAGCAUCGAGCACGUGGACCUCGGGGCCCGCUAUUUCCAGGAUUACUUCCUGGGCAAAGAGCACUCCAAUUACUUCGGGGUGGACGAGAAGCUAGGGCCAGUGGCCGUGAGCAUCAAGCGUGAGAAGCUAGAGGACCACAAGGACCACGGACCCCAGUACCAGUACCGGAUCAUCUUCAGGACCAGCGAGCUCAUCACCCUCCGCGGGUCCAUCCUGGAAGACGCGACGCCGACCGCCACCAAGGCCGGGACGGUGCGCGGGCUGCCGCUGAAGGACGCCCUGGAGUACGUCGUCCCAGAGCUGAACAUCCACUGCCUCCGGCUGGCCCUCAACACCGCCAAGGUGACGGAGCAGCUGCUCAAACUGGACGAGCAGGGGCUCUGCAGGAAGCACAAAGUGGGAAUCCUCUACUGCAAAGGGGGCCAGAGCUCUGAGGAGGAGAUGUACAACAACGAGGAGGCUGGGCCUGCCUUCGAGGAGUUCCUCGCACUCAUCGGGGACAAGGUCUGCCUCCGGGGCUUCAACAAAUACUCCGCGCAGCUGGACGUGAAAACGGACUCCACCGGGACCCACUCGCUCUACACCACUUACCAGGACUACGAGAUCAUGUUCCACGUCUCCACGAUGCUUCCCUACACCCCGAACAACAGGCAGCAGUUACUCAGGAAGAGGCACAUAGGAAACGACAUAGUGACCAUCAUCUUCCAAGAGCCCGGGGCCCUGCCUUUCACCCCGCAGAACAUCCGGUCGCAUUUCCAGCACGUCUUUAUCAUCGUCAGGGUCCACAACCCUUGCACUGAAAACGUCUGCUACAGCGUGGCCGUGAGCCGAUCCAAAGACGCCCCUCCGUUCGGGCCGCCCAUCCCCCACGGGGUCACCUUCCGCAAGUCGGACGUGUUCCGAGACUUCCUGCUGGCCAAGGCCGUCAACGCGGAGCACGCAGCCCACAAGUCAGACAAGUUCCACACCAUGGCCACGCGCACCCGGCAGGAGUACCUCAAGGACCUGGCGGAGCACUGCGUCACCAACACGCCCCUCGACUCCACGGGCAAGUUCCACCUGAUCUCGCUGGCCUCCAAGAGGAAGGAGAAGACCAAGGCCCGGGCCGGGGCCGAGCAGCUCAGCGCCGGGGCCAUCGCCUGGCGGGUGCUGGCCCAGGACUUCGCCCGGGGGGCCGAGAUCGAGUGCACCCUGGCCAUCUCCAACGAGCUCGUCGUGCUGCUCGACCUACGCACCAAGGAGGUGGUGUUCAACUGCUUCUGCGGCGACGUCGUCGGCUGGACCCCCGACGCCCACGCCCUCAAGAUCUUCUACGGCCGAGGGGAUCACGUCCUCCUCCGGACCCCCGAGGGGGCCGCGGAAGACGUCGCCGAGAUCGUGCAGAGGCUCAAGGUUAUGACCAACGGCUGCGAGAGCGUGGACAUGACCCUGCGGCGGAACGGGCUGGGGCAGCUCGGCUUUCACGUGAAGUACGACGGGACGGUGGCCGAAGUGGAGGACUACGGGUUUGCCUGGCAGGCCGGCCUGAGGCAGGGCAGCCGGCUGGUGGAGAUCUGCAAGGUGGCCGUGGUGACCCUGACCCACGACCAGAUGAUCGACCUGCUGCGCACCUCCGUCACCGUCAAAGUGGUCAUCAUCCCCCCGUUCGAGGAUGGGACCCCUCGAAGGGGAUGGCCCGAGACGUAUGACAUGAAUCCCCCCGAGCCCAAGGUAGAGCCGGAGAGCGUGGCGGCGGGCUGCCGGCCCCCGUACCGGACCAACUCGGCGUGGCAGUGGAGCGGGCCGGCGUCGCACAACUCCACUCCGGCCCCCAAAUGGCCCGGGACGGGGACUCCCGGCCACGCCCAGUCCCUCAGCCGGCCCCCCAAGCCGGCCCCCGUCCCGUUCCGGGAGCCCCAGCCGCCGCACGGCAAGAGCAGGCCGGUCAGCUUCCCGGAAACUCCGUACGCGGCAGCGCCAGCAGGGGGCGAGCGUGCCCAGCCCUAUCGCCAGCCUUCGGGGAGCUUCUCCGUGCCAGGAUCGGGGGGCACCGCCACCGCCACUGCCAGCGCCACACCUUACAGCCGAUACAAGCCGGCCCCCGAAAGGUAUGUGUCUACCGCACAGCACGCUCUGUCACCGUUUGACGCACACUACAGCCCAGAGCUGCUGUCCAGCGGGGAGUCUUCGUCCGGGGGCCCCGCGAGCCAGGAGAGCACCUUGGAGAGGCAAAAGUCCGAACCACUGUGGCAUGUGCCCGCACAGGGCAGGCUAUCCUCAGCACCUGGAAAUCCUGGGAGUAAGCAUCUUGGCCGGCAAGACCUCGCGGGCAAGGAUUCGCCCAACAGACAUUCCAGAGGCGAGCUGCAGUACUCCAGCCACUCCAGCAGCAACACGCUGUCCAGCAACGCGUCCAGCAGCCACAGCGACGAGCGCUGGUUCGACACGCUGGACCCGGCCGAGGCAGAGCAGGACCCCCUGUCCAAGGGCGGCUCCAGCGACAGCGGCAUCGACACCACCGUAUACGCCUCCAGCCCCAGCUGCCCGCCCGCCCCCAAGCCCUCCCGGCCCACCAAGCUGCAGAAGCCCCUGCCCGCUUACGCCGGCGGGCAUGACCCCGGCGGCCGUGGGGAGAAAGGCCUCUACCCUCCGGACAAGCGGCGGGAGUCCUCGCCCGGCACGGGAAGCCAGGGCAAAGGCUACCGGGCCAAGGGGUACCCGCUGGGGGCCGGCACCCCCACGGGACCCACCGGCAGCGGCCAAGCCCUCUUCAAACAAACCAGUGCCGUGAGCUCCAGGGCCACCUACCCCGUCCAGGGGUACAAAACCCCGGGAGCCGAGAACCCCCGCCCCUCCCACCUGGCCCAGUCCAGCUCCUUCCAGCUGUCGGCCUCGGUCCCCAAAUCCUUCUUCUCCAAGCAGGCCGGGCGGAGCAAGCACCCGGCCGGCUGGGAGCGAACAGACCAGUCCCCGGCCCGACCCGGACCGUUCUCCGACCCAAAGAAGCAGGUGGACGUGACCACCAAGAACGUCUUCGGGCAGCCCCGACUCAGGGCGUCACUGCGUGACCUCCGGUCCCCGCGCAAGAACUAUAAGUCGACCAUCGAGGACGACCUGAAGAAACUGAUCAUCAUGGACAACUUCACACCCGAGCAGGAGAGGGACUCCAUGCAGCCGUCGCCCCAGAAAGCCCUCCAGCGGACCCUGUCCGACGAGAGCCUGUGCAGCGGGAGGAGAGACUCCAGCUUCGCCAGCCCGACCUGCUUCGAGCCCGUCCUGGCCAGCGACGUCCUGUUCACCAGCACCUACCCCUCCAGCACGCUCCCCUCCCGCCGCCAGCACCAGCAACCGGCCAACGGCAGCCUCCCCGAAAAGAAAGCCACCAUCUCGGCCUCGCAGCUGUCGCUCACAGACGCUCGGGACAAGGCCCUGAGGCGCCUGGACCCGGGCAUGAUGCCCCUGCCGGACACGGCCACCGGCCUCGAAUGGUCCAGUCUGGUCAAUGCUGCUAAAGCCUACGAAGUGCAGAGAGCCGUGUCCCUGUUCUCACUCAACGAGCCCGGGCUGAGCCCCGACCUCCCGCCAGCCCACAGCCCCGUCCACGGGCUCCUGAGCCUGGAGAGGCCCCCGCCCACGCCCCGGACCACCCCCACCAUGAGUGAGGAACCGCCCGUGGACCUAACCGGGAAGGUGUACCAGCUGGAGGUGAUGCUGAAGCAGCUCCACAAUGACCUCCAGAAGGAGAAGCAGGAUAAGGUGGUGCUCCAGGCCGAGGUAGCCAAUCUGAGGCAGAACAACCAGCGGCUGCAGGAGGAGUCGCAGACGGCCACGGAGCAGCUGCGCAAGUUUGCCCAGAUUUUCUCCAGCGCUGUGGAGAAGAAGGAGCUUUGAGGGCGGCCGGGCAGCCACGCUCAGACGCUGCACCCAGCUCCAACCCCCCCACGGCCCCCACUUGUCCUUCUCUCGGCCUGGGGAAGGGCCAGGCCGCUGCCCGUCCCAGCCAGCUCUGUAGCUCACGGACUCAGAAGAGCCGCAGCCUGGGCCGGGGCCGAGGUCUGGGGCCUGCACCAUAUGGGAGAGAUCACCCAGGGCGGGGGACCUCUUCCCCCCUCGUCCCCACACCGCCCUUCUCAUAGCUUCCCGUGGCUGUGUGAGUGUGUGUAUGUGUGUGUGAGUGAGUGAGUGAUGAGGUCUGCGUCCCCCACAGUCGAUCGGGGUCACCCCCCAGCCCCCACAUCGAUACAUUCCACUGCACGGUCAGCUCUCCUGUCCCGCGGCCCGACACGUCAGGCGGAGGUGAGGAAGCUGGGGGCGGAAAGGCCGAGGUCGGGGCAGUGGCGAGCCCGUGGCCGGCACGCAGACAGAGGGUUGGCGAGGGACCAAAUGGGGAGUUCCUUCCCCUUGUGCUUCCUACCCGAGGUGGGGGUCUGCCGCUGUCCCGGAUCCCCCACCCCCACAGGACACCCUCGGUUGGGGCAGGGUCGCUGUGGCAUCUCAGCGCCUUGAUCCCCGAAGCCUGGCUUCUAGGGGCUGGAAAAGGCGGAGGUGCAGCCAUCCCGCAGUGGGGGCCGGGCAGUGGGACCGUGCCGCUUUCUCCCUCCCCCCGGGUCCACGUCAAGGGCUAUUGCUGCCCUGAGGGGCUCCCCCGGGCUUCAGUCGCCCCCGCCGCCUCAUCGACUCCUCCCCAGAACCCAGGCUCGGCCUGCGGGAAACGGGAAACGGCCAUAGAGCCGUGUAAAUGUUCUUUAUAAAACAGGAUAUUUGUAUAAACGGCACCGUUUGUAAUCUUUUCUACGGCUCCUAGAGCCAGCACAGAGCCCGGAUCCCGAGCAGGAUGGACCCACCGCCCCGGUCGACCCACCGGAGCGGGGACGGGGGCAGGGGGGCACAGGGAAU